AUGGCCAAUUCGAACGGUUAUGUCGUGCUGAGGCAGGCAGUAUCAGCACCACUCGCAUCAAAACUCGCCGAUGAUUUUCAAAAUGGUCUAGUCCACAAUGAGCCGACUGCCACGAAGGACAAAUACAACGAGUACAAAGUACCUCAGACUGGGUUCGAAAUCAAGGAUGAAUUCCUUAGGGUAACACACCCCCUUUCCAUGCUAGCGCUCGCUGACCGAUCAGAAUAUGGACAGAGAUUUAGUCGCUCCAUUGUUUUAUCCAAACCAAACUCCUUCCUCGCCGCAGACCGUGAAUCUUGGAAUGUUCCACGAGACAGAUGCCGAUCCAACGAAGUUGAUGACAGCUGGACCGAGAAUAUAUAUUACUAUCGCAAUUACGAGGCUAUCGCCGUUAAAUGGCUGGUUUACUUUCUACGAAGGGUCUCACCAACAUCGAUCGCGCCUUGGCAAGAAGGUAGCAAUUGA